ACAUAACAGGGUAAAUUUCAGAAAUGUAAGAUAACAGGAUCUACGCAGAUUUUAUCAUUACCUCGUCUUCGUCAAAUGAACCCUUUAUUGCCACCUACCUCUUUUUAGCAGUAGUAGCAGCAACAACUUUUUUUCCUUAGAACUCUCAACUAUUCCCUUAAGUAAACCAAAUAGUUAAUUUGUUGAAUUAAUCGCAGAUGGCAGGUGGAUAUAGAGCUGAGGAUGAUUACGAUUAUCUGUUCAAGUUGGUGCUAAUUGGAGAUUCUGGUGUCGGAAAAUCCAAUCUCCUUUCUCGAUUCUCCAGAAACGAGUUCAAUCUUGAAUCAAAGUCUACUAUUGGCGUUGAAUUCGCUACCCGUAGCAUUAAGGUAGAUGAUAAGAUCGUCAAGGCCCAGAUUUGGGAUACUGCUGGACAAGAAAGGUACCGUGCAAUUACAAGUGCAUACUACAGAGGGGCUGUCGGUGCAUUGGUUGUGUACGAUAUCACUCGACAUGUCACAUUUGAAAAUGUUGAGAGAUGGUUAAAAGAACUUCGAGACCAUACCGACCAAAAUAUAGUCAUAAUGCUCGUUGGGAACAAGGCCGACUUACGUCACUUGCGUGCUGUUUCAACAGAGGACGCCAAGGCCUUUGCUGAAAGAGAGAGUACCUUCUAUAUGGAGACUUCAGCACUUGAAUCCUUGAAUGUUGAGAAUGCGUUUACAGAAGUAUUGACCGAGAUAUACAGGGUGGUCUGUCGGAAAGCACUCGAAGUUGGGGACGAUCCUACUGCAUUGCCAAAGGGGCAGACUAUAAAUGUUGGCAAGGAUGAUGUUUCAGCCGUGAAAAAAGUUGGUUGCUGCUCUGUCUAAGCUAAAAAAAAUCAAGAAAUCAGUGAAGUUAAGCUUUCAAAUGGCUUCUCCUAUAGUUGCAUUGAGUAUUCUCAGUUUUGAAUAUCUUAGGAAAUAUUCCUCCUCUGUAUUGUUUCAUUAACUUACCUUUAGUUUGUACCCUAUUUUGCUAGUCUUUUGACUCUUUGAAAAGAUUUUUACUAUUAUUUAUAUACUUUUACAUUAUAUUUUUA